CUACAGGUCCAAGCUAGACUCUCACUGUCCUGCACCCGACCCCCAGUCUGUUCUUCCUUUUUCUGUCUCAGCCGCAGAACUCUCCCGUCCCCUCCCUUGAGCACCCAGCCCUCUUGUUUCCGAUUUCAAGCCGGAACCGGAAGUCCAGUGGGCGGAGCCCGGCGGCGGAAAACGCAGCGGAGCCAGAGCCGGGACUCGGCUGUGGCCGCUGCUCUCGUCCCCGCCACGGAUCGCCGUGGCUCCAGGCUGAAGGUCGGUCCGGAGGCGGGUGGGCGCAGGUCUCCCCCGGAGUGUCCGGGCGGCAGCCUCCCUGGGCCUCCCGGGCUCCGCGAGGGAUCAUGUCUACAGCCUCCGCCGCUUCCUCCUCCUCCUCGUCGUCGGCCGGUGAGAUGAUCGAAGCCCCCUCUCAAGUCCUCAACUUUGAAGAGAUCGACUACAAGGAGAUCGAGGUGGAAGAGGUUGUUGGAAGAGGAGCCUUUGGAGUAGUUUGCAAAGCUAAGUGGAGAGCAAAAGAUGUUGCUAUUAAACAAAUAGAAAGUGAAUCGGAGAGGAAAGCUUUUAUUGUAGAGCUUCGGCAGUUAUCCCGCGUGAACCAUCCUAAUAUUGUAAAGCUUUAUGGAGCCUGCUUGAAUCCAGUGUGUCUUGUGAUGGAAUAUGCUGAAGGGGGCUCCUUAUAUAAUGUGCUGCAUGGUGCUGAACCCUUGCCAUACUACACGGCCGCCCAUGCAAUGAGCUGGUGUUUACAAUGUUCCCAAGGGGUGGCUUACCUUCACAGCAUGCAGCCCAAAGCGCUCAUUCACAGGGACCUGAAACCACCAAACUUGCUACUGGUUGCAGGGGGGACAGUUUUAAAAAUCUGUGAUUUUGGUACAGCCUGUGACAUUCAGACACACAUGACCAAUAACAAGGGAAGUGCUGCUUGGAUGGCACCUGAAGUUUUCGAAGGUAGCAAUUACAGUGAAAAAUGUGAUGUUUUCAGCUGGGGUAUCAUCCUUUGGGAAGUGAUAACACGUCGGAAACCCUUUGAUGAGAUUGGUGGCCCUGCUUUCCGUAUCAUGUGGGCUGUUCAUAAUGGUACUCGACCACCACUGAUCAAAAAUUUACCUAAGCCCAUUGAGAGCCUGAUGACUCGUUGUUGGUCUAAAGAUCCUUCUCAGCGCCCUUCAAUGGAGGAAAUUGUGAAAAUAAUGACGCACUUGAUGCGGUACUUUCCAGGAGCUGAUGAGCCUUUACAGUACCCUUGUCAGUAUUCAGAUGAAGGACAGAGCAACUCUGCCACCAGUACAGGCUCAUUCAUGGACAUCGCUUCUACAAAUACCAGUAAUAAAAGUGAUACUAAUAUGGAGCAAGUUCCCGCCACAAAUGAUACUAUUAAGCGCUUAGAAUCAAAAUUGUUGAAAAAUCAGGCAAAGCAACAGAGUGAAUCUGGACGUGUAAGCUUGGGAGCUUCCCGUGGGAGCAGCAUAGAGAGCUUGCCCCCAACCUCCGAGGGCAAGAGAUUGAGUGCUGACAUGUCUGAAAUAGAAGCCAGGAUCGCUGCAAACACAGCCUAUUCCAAGCCUAAACGGGGCCACCGUAAAACUGCUUCAUAUGGCAACAUUCUGGAUGUCCCUGAGAUCGUCACAUCAGGCAACGGACAGCCAAGACGUAGAUCCAUCCAAGACUUGAGUGUUACUGGAACAGAACCUGGUCAGGUGAGCAGUAGGUCAUCCAGUCCAAGCAUCAGAAUGAUCACUACCUCAGGACCAACCUCAGAAAAGCCAGCCCGAAGUCAUCCAUGGACCCCUGAUGAUUCCACAGAUACCAAUGGAUCAGAUAACUCCAUCCCAAUGGCUUAUCUUACACUAGAUCACCAACUACAGCCUCUAGCACCAUGCCCAAACUCCAAAGAAUCCAUGGCAGUGUUUGAACAGCACUGUAAAAUGGCACAAGAAUACAUGAAAGUUCAAACAGAAAUUGCAUUGUUACUACAGAGGAAGCAAGAACUAGUUGCAGAACUGGACCAGGAUGAAAAGGACCAGCAAAAUACAUCUCGUCUGGUACAGGAGCAUAAAAAGCUUUUAGAUGAAAACAAAAGCCUUUCUACUUACUACCAGCAAUGCAAAAAACAACUAGAGGUCAUCAGAAGUCAGCAGCAAAAGCGACAGGGCACUUCAUGAUUCUCUGGGACCGCUAAAUUUUAAAAUAUGCAAAGAAAGACUUUUUUUUUAAGGAAAGAAAAUCUUUACAAUGACAAUUCAUGAGUGUUAGCAUUUUGGCGUGUUCUGAAUGCCAAUUGCCUAUAUUUGCUGCAUUUGUUUCAUCGUAUUCCUUUUCUCAUGGUGGACAUGCUCUUCAACUGUCCCCUUGCAUAACAUGGGGGCAUCUGUAACUUGAAUAAGCAGCAGUUCUCAACUUCACAACAGACGCUGUGAACUGUGGCAGUAUAUGCAUGCUCAUUAUGUGAACGCCUUAAAAAACGGGGGGUCAAACUAGCUGCUAUAUGCAAACAUCAUCUUUUUUUCGAGGUGGAACCUCAAGAAUGAUUUUGUUCUUGUAUCUCAUCUCAAAAAACAAAUAAUUUUUUUUCCAAAAGAUGGUAUAUACCAUGUUAAAGACAGGGUAUUAUAAAUCUAGAGUAAAUGGUGGUACAUUAUGGAAAUGCAGAACCUUUAGGAAUAGUUCAAAGUGAGAGCUUUGAACGCCAACAUCCUUGGAUCAGGAUUGAACUUAGUUCCAUCAAUAAAAUAUUUAAAGGUAAGUGGUGGCUGCUGUAUUUAAUAAAAGCAUAUUUCAUUAGACUAAAAUUUGACUAUGAUACAUUGAACAAAAUGAAAUCUUUUCUUAAGGUAUAAAGAUUUUAAAGAUUUUUAAUUCUGUUUGCGUGUAUGUGUGUGGAAACUGUAAAGCUUUUAUGACUAUUAAUGUUUCUUAAAUGAAAUUAAAAGGUAAAUGAACAUGAUCCAGCUUAAAUGAUCAUUCCUUCCUAUAAUGAUUAUUGGCUUGUUUUAUUGUAUAUUUGAAAAACUGAAAAGAAAUAACAGAAAAUGGAAAUAAUUGCUCCAGCUAAAAGCCUCGGGCUUAGAUUUCUGUUACGACACCAAAUAAGUAAAGAAACCGGCAAAUGAGAAGUUAGUAAGGAAGUUAAAGAGGUAAAUAUAAAUUGGUCAGUUAUCCUAUUAAUCAAUAUUGGAAUAAUUGAUUUUCCUUUGCAUCCUAGAAUGCCUGUUACCUUUCAACACUUUUAAGGGCAUUUCAGCACUUAGAAAAAGAGGAAAUUUAUAUUGCUAACAGUAACUCUGCUACCAACUUUGAAAAUAAAAAUAAUAAUAAAACUUCAUUGAAAUAAAAGACUAUAUAUAAGCUCUAUUUUUUCAGUUGGUAUUUUAUCACAUUUUGAUACCAGUAUAAGGUAUCUUGAGUAAGGAUGUCAUCACCCUCAUCUUCAUAGCAUUAAUGUUUUAUGAAGAGAAAAUUUUAAAUGAAAGCAUAAUUGCUGUGAUUACUAGAAUUCUAUCAUGAUUGUAUUGUAGUUUUGCUCUAUUUCAGAUAAGCAAGUUGGCCUAAGAAGUUACCAAAACUAUUCUUAAAAAUGCUAAAGCAAGUAACUUUCUCUUCCUUUAUUGUUUCUUUCUCCCACUGAGUUUUAUAAUGUAUUUCUUGUGUAUACAAGCAAUAAAGGUAAAGGAUAGUUUGUACUAAAAUGUUUCAUUUCCAGCUUCUCCAAAAUCCAUUAGAAAGUUAUAGUAAAUAAAUAUCUACUAUUACUUCAUUUAAAUAAAAGGAGGGUUCUCAUUCCCGAAUAAUCUGGUCACCUAGUUGAAAGUCAUACUGGUCUCAUUAUAUUAAUAGUAAAAUAAAAUUGGCACAGAAAACAGUUGCAGGCUAAGGAGAAGUUAAGUACACCCACAGCACUGCUGCUCACAUGUACGUGUGUCACGCCACCAAGAGGGACCUCGUCAGUGUGUAUAGACUUUUCCAAUUAUCUCAGAUAUUCAGGUGUGGAUGCGAAAGUUUGACUUUAACAUUAGGAUACAGCAUUAUGGAUUUCUGUUUCUAGUCAUUAAUGAGUUUUUGCUAUACAUACUUCAAAGAAAAAAUUAUUUUUGUUUAUUAUUACAUGCAGUCACUUCAUAUAAAUAUCUGAAUAGUAAACGGAAGAAAAUAGUUUUAAGUCAUGGUGCCAAAUUCAAAAAAAGGCUCUUGGACACUUACUUGUUUGUUUACAGUGAGUUCCUGGAGAUUUUGAGUAGUUUUCCUGGAUGCGGAGCACAGUUCAGCCUUAUUUGGCCGCUAAGGGGUUGUGUUGGCAAGCUUAUUCUUUUUUAAGUCCUGGUUGUCCUUGAUGAUGGGAGAAAGGGAUAGCAGGGAUAAUUGGAAUCCACAGCCUCUUUGCCUGUCCAUCAAACCUUCAAGCAGAGAUGGUAACAAGGAACCAGAUCUUUAUUCUGAUUUUACCAUUUAUUCUUACCCUUGUUUUUUGGUGGAAACAGCAAACAAGCAAGUAUCUAAGAGACCCAAGCCAAGAAACUCAUGACUCAAGCCCUAAUUAUAUUUUAUUCUUGCCUCCAGAGAAAGAAAACAAAGCUUUUAUCUAAUCUGGUGGGAAAUACUCUUCAGCAGUAAAAGUAGCUUUUCUGAGUCAAAUAAAAAUCAUUUAAGAAUAUUUGCCUUAAAGGAACACAGCAUAUGGAAGAGGUUUGUUUAAAGUUGUUUACAAAUGUUUGACUAUUUUUGAUGAAGUGUUUUAGAGUAUUGGAUGUCUUUCUCUCCCCAAGUUUCUUUUAUGUUCCUAGUUUCAGCUCCUGCCUGUAGCCAGACCACAGGCCUUGCCUGUGAAACUUCUCUUUUUGUAAGUGUGUGGUUUUCAUCAAUCAACUCCUUUCUUCAAAUGGUAGGAAAUUCUACUUCUGUCAUUCAGAACAUUUAAUGUAAAAUGAUGUAAUGCAGAUAUUUCUGUGCAUACUGUACAAUUGAAGGAAGCUUUUCAGAUUUAUUUUUGUCUGUAAUAAAAUUCAGAUUGUUAUUCUGAA